UAACCCACGUAGGGCCCACACCAGGAGGGGACUUGGCUGAGGAGCGUACGGGGAAGGGUGUCACACCUGGGCGUUUGGCUCUGCAGGUGCUGUGGCCGAAAGAGGCUCCUACAGGGGGAAGCCUCACGCCCAGACCCCCGCCCCUCUCCGGGCCAGCGCUCAGGGGCACUCGGGGCGUCAGUCCCAGUGUCUUGGGCAUCCUGGCUGUAGGCGAGUGUGUGCAGAGGAAAGCUCCUCUCACAUUUUGUAGGGGUGCGCCCUGUGCACGGCCACGACCUCUCACGGAGCGCCAGAGCCUAUAUGGAGACCUAUUCCGAAAGACUCCUCAAACCGAUCCACUCGGCUUAUCUCUAAUCUUCACUCCAUGGUGGCCCAGGGGUAGGGGCGCUACCCACCUGUUUCUCAGGUCCCAAACAUGGGGUUAUACUGGAAUUCUACAGUGGAUCCAUCCACAAGGCUCGUCCACCCAGUUCAGCCACUGCAGCGAGCCUUCCUGGCUUGGAUGGCCCCAGGCUCCUCCCUUGAUGCUUUCUCCACACAUAGCGAGAGGGACCGUGUCAUUCCGCUGCUGGGAACCACAAGAUGGCUUCCCCAUUCCCUCCAACACAGUUUCGGACCUCGGGCUUUGCACGUGCAGUUUCCACUGGCCCUCCUGAGUGUCUGUCCGUUUGACUGCCCCUUGCCCUCCUUCAGCAGGGUCAUCCUUUCAUCCACUGGACACGCACGAUCCCUCCAGUGUGCCGGCCCUGUGCUAUGACCAGGGACCGAGCUGUAAGAGAACUCCUGCCCUGUCACCAUGGAGUGGGGGCAGGCGCCCCUCCUCCUAGCCUCAAAAUGCAGCCUACAGCCACCAUGGCCACAGCCGUCACCACCCCUGCCACUGUCGCCCUAACCACAACGUGGGACAACGUCACGGGCCGCCCCACGACUGAGCCGGACCCCAUACUGGACAACUCUGUGCUGCUGGUGGUGGUGAUGGCACUUUUCGUUGGGGGCACGCUCGUGGUGCUGUCUGGCGUGCUGCUGCUCUGCAGGCGCUGCUGGGAGGUCCACCGGCGCCUCCACAGAGCCCCGGAAGAAGCAGAGAAGACCGCAACCACCUAUCUGGACAGCGGCACACACCCAGCCCCAGACCCCGACUUCAGGGGGGAGGACCCUGAGGGCCAGGAUGCUGAGACCGAGCGCUUCCUGUCCACUGGCUCCACUGGCCGCCGGGUGUCCUUCAACGAGGCAGCCCUAUUUGAGCAGAGCCGGAAGGCGAGGGACAAGGGCCGCAGGUACACCCUGACGGAGGGGGACUUUCAUCACUUGAAGAACGCCCGCCUCACACACCUGCACCUGCCGCCCCUCAAGAUUGUCACCAUCCAUGAGUGUGACUCAGGCGAGGCCAGUGCCGCCACCACACCGCACCCCGCUGCAGCCCCCAAGGCCAGCCUUGCCAUAUUCCAGCCCCCGGGGAAGGCCCUCACUGGCCGCUCCGUGGGCCCCAGCUCCGCCCUGCCAGGUGACCCCUACAAUUCGGCCGUGGGCCCUGCCGACUUCGAGAUCAGCCCCUCGGCAUCCAGUGACUCUGGGGAAGGCACCUCGUUGGAUGCGGCUGUCAGGAGUGCCAAGCCUGGGGGCCCCGGGGUGGCAGCAGGACUGGGGGAGGCGGGCCCCGGCUCUGGGGCGGGCCCUGUUCUGCAGUUCUUCACCCGCUUGAGGCGCCACGCCAGCCUGGAUGGGGCCAGCCCCUACUUCAAGGUCAAGAAGUGGAAGCUGGAGCCCAGCCAGCGGGCGUCCAGUCUGGACACAAGAGGCUCCCCAAAGAGACACCACUUCCAGCGGCAGCGGGCAGCCAGCGAGAGCAUGGAACAGGAGGAGGGGGAUGCCCCCCAGGUGGACUUCAUCCAGUACAUCGCCAGCGCUGGCGACGCAGUGGCCUUCCCGCAGCCCUGCCCCUUUCUGGCCAGCCCCACCAGCCCGCCCCCCCCUCUCGGCAGGUAUUUUUCAGUAGAUAGAGGUGCCAGGGGUGGACUUGUGGGCCCCUGCCCCACCCCUUCGGACAGGCGGUCGUGUCCCUCUGGCUCCACCGUCCCUCCCGGAGGCUGCCUGGCUGGGGCCACCUCUCCAGCACCGACCAGAGGGAAGCAGGGGGAGACUGGGUAAGGGUAGAGGGGUGGGCAGGGCCCCGGGUUACCAAGACAGGAUGCCUGCUCAAUCAGGGACGCUGUGGGUGGAUGUCUGCACAGGUAUUGCCACUUCCUGCUGGUGCCCACGGCCUGAAGGGCCCUGCCCGCCUGCCCAUGCUCCUGAGGACUAGAUGGCCCCUACUCAGAAACUUGUGACCACUUCUGCCAGCAAUGCUCCCUCCCCCUGCCCAAGGGCAACUGUCCUGAAGCUCUGGGCCCAUGGCAGUGGGAUAGGCAACAGGAUCCAGGGAGCAGGGCACUUCCCUGUCCCAGGAGUUAACACUUUUUGUUUAUUCUCCUGGUUCCUUAACAAAUCUACCUUGGGAGGUGAGGCUUCAUACCCAGACUCACCCAGGGGGAGGGGCUGAGCUGGACUCCACUCCUCCCAUCCAUCCCCAGCCGCCCCUUGGUACAGUAAGUUGUUAGGAAGAAGGCAUCUCCCAAGGCGAGGCUUAAGCUCUUUCUGGUCAAGGGGCCAACCACCAGCAGUGCCAGCAGAUGCCUGGGUCAGAUAUUCCAAGAGAAGCCCCCAUUCAGCAGGUGCCAGGAAGGCUCCGGGUUUACCCAAAAGGCAGUCCCUGAAAAGUAGACAGGCAGGCAGCAUUUAAAAAGUUCAUCUUCCACAGGGCCUGGCCAAGCCUGUAGGGUUCCUACCCGUGCCCAUCCUCUCAGACCCAGAGGCAGGGUGGCCGGGGA